AUGGAAAAAAAACUAAAAAAAUUGAAAACUGACAAUGCCCGUAAACAGAUCAAAAAGAAUCAAAAUAUUUUCAACAUUUGGACCAAACUAUUAAGGAUAUCUGCCAUCUGGAUAAGGUUUUUUCAAUGGCGCAAGUGGCAUAAGGAUCACACAUACCCAAAACCACAAGUAGGUCCAUUAAUGGUAGCAGAGAUACAGCAGGCCAAAGAGCGUUGGAUUACAAUAACGCAGAGGCAAGCGUUUCCAGAAGAGAUUAACAGCUUAAGGAAUAAUCAGCAAGUGGUGCGUGGGCCACUUAGAACGCUAUCACCAUACCUCGACAACGAUCUAUUGAGAGUUGGUGGCCGACUGGAAAACUCAAAUAUAUCCGCAAAUAGAAAGCAUCCAGUUAUCCUACCAAGGCAACACGUGGUGACAGAGAUGAUAUAUAGAGAAUAUCACCAGAGGUACAUGCACGUUGGACCACAAGGACUAUUGGCAGCAAUAAGAGAAGAAUUUUGGGUUCUCCGAGGACGCGAUGUAGCCAGAGCAACAGUGCACAAUUGCCUUAAAUGUUUUAGAGCCAGGCCCAGCUCGUUACAGCCAGCCAUGGGACAACUACCUUCAGCUCGAGUUACUCCUAGUCGAGCAUUCGCGCAAACAGGGGUAGACUUUGCAGGACCUUUAGUGGUAAAGCUUGGAUUACGAAAGUCUACCACAACCAAAGCAUAUGUGGCAGUGUUCGUAUGCCUCGCAACGAAGGCUAUACACUUGGAAGCAGUCAGUGCACUGAGUACCGCAGCAUUUAUGGCGGCAUUGAAAAGAUUUAUGUCACGGCGAGGAAAGCCGUCCCAUAUCUGGUCAGACAACGGAACGAAUUUUGUGGGAGCCCGAAAGGAACUAGAGUGUUGUUUCAAAAAGCAGCUUACCGGUCGUACGGUACCAGAAGAACUAGUAGAAGAAGGGGUGCAAUGGGUAUUCACACCUCCUUCCGCUCCACAUUUCGGCGGCAUCUGGGAAGCAGCAGUGAAGUCGUUUAAGCAUCAUUUUGUGAGGGUAGCAGGCGCCGCUAUUCUAAACUUCGAAGAGUUGUCUACGUUACUUGCUCAAAUCGAAGCAUGUCUCAAUUCCCGACCAAUGACUGCAUUGUCGUCAGAUCCGGCAGAUCUACAAGCUCUCACACCAGGACAUUUCCUGAUAGGUACACCAGUACUCAUGCCUCCGGAAGCGGACUACUCAGAGAUGCCCGAUAACAGACUGAAGAGAUGGGAACUAGUUCAAAAAAUUACUCAAAUGUUCUGGAAGAGGUGGCGUUUAGAGUACUUGUCAUCGCUUCAAAGCAAGGCUAAAUGGUUGAACCCUACUGCGAAUGUAAAAAUCGGAACACUGGCAGUCCUAAAAGAGGAUAAUGUACCACCCCUCCAGUGGAAGAUGGUAAGAAUCAUCGAGAUACACCCUGGAAAGGAUGGCAUUGUGCGAGUGGUGACUGUACGUACCGCCAGCGGUCAACAGUUAAAACGGCCUACAGUCAAGAUAUGUCCGUUACCUAUGGGUAAAGAAGAAUGA